GUGGGGAAUGUGUGAGUGAUUCAUAAGGCAGCCCACAAUGGGGUCGUGCUGCACGCAUUUGGCUUUUCCUUCUGGCAGAGUUUCCAGUACGAUUUGGGUGGAGCAUGUGAGUGCUGUGCUUAGUGUGGAAAGGGGAGCUUCCAACGUUCUUCUUUCCGGAAACAAAUGACCGCUCAUAGUUACAAUAAAGUCCUUCCCCGGCAAGAUUAUUGAUGGCCGAGCUGACGAGAAAGAUGCCGGUGUGCCUACUGGUGAUCUUCGUUAUGUUGGACUCUUGUUGUACUGGCUCCAAAGUUUACAAGAAGGUGGGCGAUGCCAUUGUACUCAGGCCUGACGGGGUGCCGGCUCAUAGCGGCCCCCUCACGAGCAUCUUUUGGAAGCACGGGCCCAACAUCGCCGUCGAGUGGGCCGGGGACGAAAUCGAGGUGUAUCGGCAAUUCAAGAAUCGCUCGACACUGAACUACGUCAACGGAGAGCUUACCAUCACAGAGUUGACUCCGAAUGACAGUGGCACAUACACGCCUGAGAUCAACUUAUUCUCCGCCUCGCUGACUCAUCUUGCCGUGAUCUUCCCCGUCCCCGAGCCCAGUGUCGUAACAUCCUGUGAUACCGAGAGGACAGUUUGUACGUUGACGUGUGCCGGCAACACCACGGGGGCCGAACCAGUCACCUACACCUGGAUGCUCGGCAAUUCCUUGGAGCCCAAUUCGUCCGUGGAGCGCGUCAUUCGAAAGGACUCUUCAAGUGCAGCUGACAUUAAGUGCGAGUUACAGAAUCCAGUCAGCAUGAAGGCCAGCCCAUCUGUUCAAAACCCAUUUCUUGCGCCGAGUGCAGGAAGUCUGAAGGUCAACACAGGCCUGACAGUCUUCAUCUGUCUCCUGACUGCAGUCGUGGUGCUGGUGCUCAUUCACAAAUGCAGAACAGGGAUGUGGUUCUUCCAGAAAGCAUCCAUGCCAUGGGAAGCAGACUUCUGGAGGAAGCAGGAGAGUCAACAUGAAAGUCCAGGUGCUCACGCAUCAAACGGCAGCCCAGCUCGCCAAGAGAAGGCACCAGCGGAAGAGGAAACACCAAUGACGUAGGAGGCCCGAGAUCGGUCUCUUAACAGUUGCACACGCUUUUCUUCACAAGCCGGCUAGGAUUGUGUGCCUUUCAACAAAGACGAAAAAAGGAAUCGGGCAUGGUGCAGAAUUGAAAAGUCAACCCUAGACAAUACCAGGAAAUACUCCAGCGUGUGCGCCAUUGUGCUGGCCCACAUGCUUGGCGGGGUCAGCACCAAUCCUGUGGGCGGCAUCUGACGUGGGGGGGGGGGGGGGGGGAAUAACAGACAAUUGUCACUCAACAAUCGCAUCAUUGUGCACUUGUGAUAAACAUUUCUGCACCUGACAUCUUUUCAACACUAAAAUUUUUAACUUUUUAACAUUUUAACAUGUUGCUCAUUAGCUACAUGGAGUUUUCUAUUUUUUUUUUUUCAUUUCUGAUUAUCACUUUAGGCUGUAUUUUAUGCUUUGAAAGUAACACCAAGAUGAAAUUGAGUUGAGUAUAUUUUAAACUGUACAAUAAAACAAAAUGUCAAUCUUAAAGCA